AUGGCUGUUUUGGGAGUCCUCAUUGGAUCGCAGUUCCCUGGUCCUCGUAGUGAAUCGCUGCGCAAAGAGUUCCAGGUUCCUGCCCUUAACAGAGGCAGAACUACGAAGUGCGCAAGCAGCGGCGGCACUGAGAAACUAGUUGGUUGUCAAUACGACAGCAAUAUUUUUGAAGCUGCUUCAACCACCAGACCUGAAUACGAGAGGGCGCCACUGUAUCCAAAAAAC